GACAGGCUCUGGAUUAAGGAAACUAACGGCAGCCUGCAGGAGGGAGCAGCUCUUUCUACUUUGAGAGAUCUUUGGACUUUUUUUUAGUUUUUAUCUUGCUGGGGAUGACAGAUAAAUAAACUGUUGUUGGAUCGAUACCAGAAUCAAUUUUGCGGGGGCGGUAUCUAUGACUCUAAAGUCUAUUUUUUUCUCAUGCCACGUUUGAGAUCACGCCUGUGAUGGGCUGAGCAAAUCAUCACCCUCCUCCUGCGUACUCAACAGCUGCGGCCAGACCCGAAAAGUUACCGAAGUUGUCUCCGCUUGUUUGCCGGAUUGUUUUAAUUUGCAGAUCCCCUGUGACAUCGCCUCCUUCAGCCCUCACCCAGCCUGCUGUCCGCCACCGGCCCGCCCCAGCAUGCUGGACUGACGUCUGAGGAAUGGCAUCGGCUGUGUUUGAAGGCACGUCGCUGGUCAACAUGUUUGUCCGGGACUGCUGGGUCAACGGGAUCCGGAGACUCAUCAUCAGCCAGCGGGGGGAGGAAGAGGAGUUCUUCGAGAUAAGGACAGAGUGGUCUGACAGGAACAUUUUAUACUUGCAUCGGAGUUAUUCCGAUCUGGGGCGGCUGUUUAAAAGACUGCUGGAGUCCUUUCCUGAGGACAGAAGAGACCUCUCCAAGUCUCCACUGAUAGAAGGGCUGGUGAAAAUCAAAGAGGCAAACGACAUUGAGGAGAAACUGAACGAGGUGGAAAGACUACUGAAGAAUGCCAUCAACAUGCCGUGCAAGUAUUCCAGGUCAGAGGUGAUGUUGACUUUCUUUGAGAGAUCGCCACUGGAUCAGGUGCUGAGGAAUGACAAAGUCCACAGAAUCCAGCCGUGCUUUCAAAGUCCAAUAAAGAUAUCAGAAAUCAUGCGGUCCAAUGGAUUCUGUCUGGCCAAUACAGAAACCAUCGUAUUUGAUCACAGUCUCCCUGAAGAAAAAGAGAGACCCUCAUCCACUGACUCUGUGGAGCAUACGUAUGAGGAUGGAACAGAGUUUCUGCCAUUGGAAACAGACGUGUGUGAUGAGGAAACAGAAGCGUAUGUCACCAACCUUUCCUACUACCAUCUGGUCCCAUUUGAAACUGACAUCCUGGAAUGAGAGACUGAUGCCUGGUUGAUGGACAUCUGAUGCUGUCGUUGAGGAAAUGGAACCUAGCUAUGCAACACUGCAAAUAGCUGCUCCAAGUGAAUGCUGCUUAUCCUUGCAAACUCUAGAGCUGCUUCUUGCCCAUUUUGGAGUUGGUGCAGAUGGACAGUGUGCACCAAAGUAUUGGAAGAACAGCAGGACCACUUCGCCUCCAGGCAGUGUCACCAGUGUGCCUCAUUCAGAGCCUUACUUGAGUGUGUCAAGAAGAAACAUGACAGGAUUGUGUGUAUGCUGGCCACAGAGGGCUUUCAGGUGUUGUAACACAACCUGUGGAAGCAACAAUGGAGCUCCUUCGGUCCUGCAGCAGAUGCAAACAGCUGGAGAGGUUUCAAAUACGCAGCUUGACCACUUCAAAAGGAUUUAUCAAAGACAUCAUUGUCUGUGGUGUUGAGUGUGAGUGCAACCAGCAGGGAGAGGGCCACUCAUCUGCCUAAAUUUGGAGGUGAAUUUACAAUAUUGGACCUUUCACUGUCACUUAGAAACGUAGCUGAAUCAACCAGCACUCUUUAUUUUUCUACCUGAGUUGUUUAUCUUUCGCAUUUAUGCUCCAUAAGUUUGCCAGGAGAAAUGUGAGGUUUCUGCAAAGCUUAUUUUCUUCACAUUUAAACCUGCUCCCUGAAGUGUUACCCACAGUGUUGCCACUCUGGUGUUGUAUUCCUCUGGGAACACAGGAAACUGUCAUGAAGCUUUUUGUAUGAUAUUUGUUUAUGGUGCAAUUUCCACUAGCGUUUUUCUUUGUAAAAUACCAGUUUGACACUCAUAGGAUGAUUCCUGUUUUGUUGCUGUGACAUGCAGAUGGUUCUUUGGCAUGAGAGUACUCUGAGAUCCAAGUGAAACUGGACUGAACAGAUACAACGUGUGAAGUUUAGCCAGCACUAAAAAUAAAUGAAAAGGAGUCAUUGGAGCAAAUUUUGUCCAAACUCUUCCUGUUUAAGCAUUAAACAAAAACUUUAUAGUAAAUGAGAAAAACAAAGCUUUUGUGCUAAUAGACUCGAACCAUGCAGUAUCUUAUGUAAGUGUCUGUUUCACUUGGUUCUUGGUUUACUGUCAAAUCAAAGAAUAUUAAAGAAAUAUGAAGUGUCAUUAAAGUUUUGUUACAACUUUCCAAAGUGAGAACUUAAAGGAAUACUUAACCCCUUAAAUGGCCUUUUGUUUAUCAACUACUCACCCCCUGUUAUGUUGAAUUUGUGAAGAAAAUUUUAUUUUUCUUGCAUGCCUCCAUGGUGAACAAAGAAUAUAAAAAGAGAGAAAAUUCUUAAUGAAUUGAAGUCAUAGGGGGCCACAUUUAAUAACAGCACAACUAUAUCAAAAUAUCUGUUCAAAAAUUCUCUUACAACUUGUGCAGUGUAAUGCAAGUCUCAUUUAUCCAGUAUGCUCAGUAUUUCUUAAACAGACAGCCCUUAACGACAGGGAACUGAACGGAACUUAUCUAUGCUCUCUUCAGUGCCAGACUCCAUUGACAUAACCAGUAAUUUUACCUCGCACAACACAGGAGCUGCUGGUCUACUGCUGCCUCCGUCAGUUAGUUAGUUAGUGUUAUUGUGAGACUUUGGUGUUUUAAAGGGUUAGUCAGAAUUCACCAAUGUCACAAAAUAACAAACAAACUACAGACUUAGGCAGCAGCAGAACAGCAGCUCCUGUGUUCAGUGAGGUAAAAUUACUGGUUUUGUCAAUGGAGUCUGGCUUGGUACUCCAAGGGAAGUAUGAAUGAGACUGCAUGAGUUGUGCGAGCAUUUGUAAACGGAUGUUUUGAUACAGUUUUGCUGUUAAAAGCGGCGGACCCCUAUGACUUCAAUUCAUCAAGAAUUCUCCCCAUUUUGGAUUCUUCGUUCACCAUGAAGGCAUGUGAGAGAAACAAAGUUUUAUUCAUGAAUUCAUCCUAACACGAGGUGAGUAAUUGAUGAACAAAUGAUCAGUUGGGGGUGAAGUAUUCCUUUAAUGCUGCCUUUUUAGAUGUUGGUGAGAAUUUUUUUAUAUGAAGUUGUUUCUCUGUAAUAAAGUAGAAUGUAAUAUGUGUGUGUAACAUAGCUUGUAACGUUGCUUAUUUUAUGUUUAUAAAGAAAUAAUUAGAUAUAUGAGAGCGGAGAAUGAGUGUUGCCGUUUUGUGGAAUCAUCUCACUGCUGUUGUUGCCACGUGAUGACGAGUGAUAAAAUGGGGCAAAGAAAGCUUUGUUUUAUGGGUCACUUGAGGUCAUAUCUGACCCGUUCUGUAAGAUGACGUGUGGGUUCAGUCAGACAGCUGAAUGUGGGAGUCUGCAGCUCGGCCUGCGACGGGAGAACAAGUCCUCUCUUUAUCUUAAGAAGACAAACGACCUUGCUGUACUAAAACUUUCUAUAGAAAGAGUUGUGUGAAAUAAUCAAACACUUGGUUAAAAUUCAUGCCUUUUUUGUGUUUUAUGGGCUGCUUUCACCUCUCGUAGCACCUCUUAUGAAUCUGUGGAACACAUCGGAGCAUUACAUAUGGCAAAAAAAGUUAUGUUUGUGUAGGAUUAACUGUAAGUAAAUCCAUCUGUAUUCAUUGUUUUGACAGUGUUGUCAGUGCAGAAGUCAUUGUGGCCUUACAAUGUGGGCUAACAGCUUGUGUCCACUUUCCUGCCCCUCCAAAUACAAAAGGCAUUCAGUCCUCACAAACUUGGCACAUGGGGCUUCAACAGGACGGUCCUUCACAUGAGUCUAUUUAGUAACACAGUCAUGAUCACCAUUCACCCCAUGAGAAAGUACAGCUCUUUCUCACGGUGUGAAACUAUUUCAUGCUUCUUUUUGCUUUUCUCUUUUCUCCAAGAAUGACGUCUUGAAAUGAAGGAUAGUCUUUGGACAUAAAAGUUUCAGUUGGGAAAAAGUCCAAGCAUACAUUAUGGUAAUGAUUAAUAUGACUCAAUAAAAAGAAACUGUCUGAUUUAAAUUUUGAUGCCAGGGUCAAAUUCUCUCUCUUUCAUGGACCUGCGUUAACGUUUAUCAAAUGGUGUAAGCGUUCAUAUUUAAAGAUCAAAUAUCUGUUAAGAUGUCCGUCUAUCUUAAGACCCUUUGCAGGCCGGGUAAUGCAUUAUAAAUAUUCUGCCACAGUCUAUGUGAUGUUAUGACUGAAAUGGUACUCAGCUGAUCUAUGAAACAUAUCAGUAUGCCCACCAUGCCAGCCAGCAUUGUGAGGACUCAGAGGAGAAAGUGACAGUUAAUAUGAAAAUAAUAUAACACAAAAUAUUUUAUUUAUUUUGUAACUCUUGCCACGCUCUGUGAAGCUAACCAUUCUAUGCCUUGUGAUUUCAUUUUUAUGUGUGAUGUGAGAUCUUUCUGUGUGUAAAUAUGUCAAAAGGAUUGAAUGAAGAUAAUCUUAAUUAUAACCUUUGGAAAAUGAAUUUAUGUGGUAACAUGUUUGAUAACUUUAAAGCUACUCAGACAGUAUUAGAUACAAAUUAUUAUUCUCAAAGCUUCUGAAAAUAAAUAUGUUUUCAAUAAAAGAAAUGUUCA